AUGGCCCAUGCAGACGUGGAGAUGGACCAGUCCGGCCAGCCCAAGAACUCUAGAAGCCUACAAUGCUACUGCUCCCGCCUCUCCGCUUCGUCUGCAACCUCCGUCAUCCCCAUUGAGCAGUCGGGCGGCGGCAGCGACACUCGCACUUCCGGGGCCGGGGCAGUUGGUACCGACGGAGGGGAGGAAACCUUUCGAAACAAUGCAGUCAAGAAGUUCUGGCAGCACUUUCAUCCUUAUUGCAAUGCCUCGACCGUUGAGAGAAUUAAGUUCUGUGUUAAGGAAAAUUGGCCUGAAGAAAUCUUAAGUAAAGCACUGGAGGACAUAUGCUUGGAAAAGGGUUACCAGGAAAAAUGUGUUCUUGUUCUUGUCCAUGCUUUUCAAUCAUAUGAGGAUAGGGCGCCGCAAAAACAAUUCAAAGCAGUGGACUGUAUUUCCAGCUUAAUGGCUAGGUAUCAGUUAAUGGUAUCAUCAGUACUUCUGACAACACUGCCCUUGAGCUUUCCUGAGAUAUUGAAUAUCUAUUUCAAGAAGAAGCUGGAAGAACUUAAUACUAUUAUGGCUGGAUCUUAUGAGAGUGAUGAACUUGUGGAUCAUGAACCUUUUCAAAGAAGUAAUACUUCUGAUUGGCAUUCUGUAAUGGACAUUGAUGGGUCAGAAGUUUCAGAAAGUAGCUCCUUGGUAAAGAACAUUGGAAAAGUUGUUCGUGGUCUUAGAUGUAUUGGUUUUACAUCAAUGACUGAAGAUGCUUAUUCCUCUGCAAUAAUAUGGCUUUUAAAGUCUAAGGUUUAUGAACUAGCUGGUGAUGAUUAUAGAGUUCCUGUCCUUGGGUGUGUGAAGAAGUGGAUUCAGAUUAUCCUGAGAGAUAUCGCUCUACUUACUGCUGGUGCAUCAACAAAUGAUAUAUUGCACCAAUAUGUGUCCACUAUCAAGGCAUUGCGGACAAUUGACCCCACCGGGGUGUUCUUGGAGGCAGUUGGUGAACCAAUUAGGGAUUAUCUGAGGGGUAGAAAAGACACUAUCAAAUGCAUAGUAACAAUGCUAACUGAUGGAUCUGGAGGAAGUGCAAGUGGAACAGGAAAUGCAGGUGACAAUCUUCUGGAAGAGUUGAACAGAGAUGCUGAAAACCAGGAAAAUGCUGAUUACGACGAUCAUGCAAACAUUGAUGAGAAACAAGCAUGGCUAAAUUCUGAAAGCUGGGAACCUGAUCCUGUAGAAGCAGGCCCAUUGAAAGGCAUCAGGAACAGAAGGAAAGUCGAUAUACUUGGACUAAUGGUUAGUAUAAUUGGCUCAAAGGACCAACUAGUCAACGAAUACCGUGUAAUGCUGGCAGAAAAGCUGCUCAACAAAUCUGACUUUGAAAUUGAUUCAGACAUUCGCACGUUGGAACUCCUGAAGAUUCAUUUUGGUGAGAGCAGCAUGCAGAAGUGUGAGAUUAUGCUUAAUGACUUGAUUGACUCAAAGAGAACCAACUCAAACAUUAAAACAUCUUUGCUGAAGACAUCCCAAACUGUUCCUGGGCAAGAGGAGGCAGAAGUGUCUCAUGAUGUUCUGGAUGCCACUAUAAUAUCGUCUAACUUUUGGCCACCAAUUCAGACAGAAGACCUUGUUGUUCCUGCUUCAGUUGAUCAGUUGCUAUCUGAUUACGCAAAACGGUUUCACCAGAUAAAAACUCCACGAAAGCUAUUAUGGAAGAAAAAUCUUGGAACAGUCAAGGUUGGAAAAACAGAUUUAGUUAAUGGGUACUAUGAAAACAUAUCUUGGGGGGUCCUGACUGAAUCAGCAGGACCAGAUGCCGAUGAUCGCACCUUUACUGUUGUUGAUAGCAUGCCUGAUGUCAACAAAAACAGUAUUGUGAAUGAACGCUUGGCAGAGUAUCAGAUGACUGAGGAGGAAGGUGAAAGCUCUGUGGCUUCAGUGGAGGAUCAACUUAAGAAAGAAAUGACAGUUUACGAGAAAUUCAUCAUCGGAAUGCUAACCAAUUUUGGGAGUAUGUCGCUGGACAGGGUACAUAACACUUUAAAGAUGUUCUGUAUUGCUGAGCCGUCAUACGACAAGUCACUGCAGCAGCUCCAAAGUUUUCUUUCUGGUCUAAUAGCGGAUGAAAAGCUAGAAACGAGGGAUGGUCUGUACUUGCUAAAGAGGUAG